AUGCGAGUUUCCACAAUAAAAUCGAAUCGCAACAUUAUGGACGCGUAUAAUCCAAGAAACCGAAAAUCUCUCGCGAAUUUCAGAUCGUCUAAUUCAGUUCUGUCAUUAUUAGACUGUAUUGAGCCGCCAAAACAAGCGACAGCUGCCCCGCUGUUGAAAAGCCUAGCAACGGCUUCUCCAAUUGCAGUAACAAUCAAGAGUGCCUUUGAGAGCACUCACAAAAUUGCUUUUCAAACAACCCAACCGACGGUCCUGACCACGAUGGCACCAGUGCAACCGACGGCGAUGACCACGAUGGCACCAUUGCAACCAACAGUGGCUAGCCCUGAUCUGGAUACUCCAGUCAGUCCCCAUGUUGAUGUUCUAUUUAGCAUCAAAAGCUUAAGCAAAACGGGAGUUUCAAGUAUAAAAAGUUCAAUCCGCAGACGAUGGAAUCCAUGGACAAGAAAUACAUAUUAUCCAAGAUAUCGCAAAUCGUUGUUGCAAACGAGGGAUCCACUUGGUACUCUACAACCCCGCCCGCAAUACGUUGGGUCAAGGCAGAUUGUCAUCAACCAUACCAAGUCGCCUCACAGGCCGGCACUUCUCAAAAGUUUGAUGAGGAAACCGCCGAAGGGAGUCCUCAUUCGGAACACCCUUGGGCCUAUUAACUUAGAGAAGAGAACCGUUGGCCCACGAGCCGCAGGACAUUUCGAUAGACCCAGCACCAUGCCGCCUAGAGAAAGGGUAAUAGAAAGUACUCAGGCUCCUGUGAAUCCAUUCCCACGAAUCAGAAGAUCAGGGUAUUUCACUGUUGCUCCAAAGGCCCCUGUGAAGAUCACUUCAGUCCCUGUUCCCCAGUUGACUGCAAUGCCAGUUGCAGCUCCAACUUGGGCGCCAUUCCCAAGGUACAGGCGAUCACGUGCUUGCAUAGUACUAAGCAGUGCACCUCUAUCAAAGAACAGCUAUGCCCCAAUUUUUAAAGGAAUCUGGCAGUCGAAAACUUUCUCACCUCAAAUCGAUGUCGAGACAAAUAGUGCUCCUCUGGUUUCCCCACUGAUUGCAAUCACAGCGACAAAUUCUCCAUUUAUUUCAGCCACUGGGAUCCCUUCGCAUGGUUUGAAUGUUACAGGAGAUAGUCAACAGCAAAAACUGAUCACACUCCCAAAGCGACGUCAACGGAAGCUUCUUGAUGAAAAUAAGCUUGAAGCCUAA